AUGCCAGCCACUGUAGAAUCAACAUCAGAGAAAGCCAAGGAGCCAGAGAAGCCGGCUGGAGAGGCGGUGGCUGAGCAAUCCCCACAAUUGGUACAAAUUAAUAUUCCAUUGGUUGACAUCUUACAGGAAGUACCCAAAUAUGCAAAGUACAUCAAGGACAUUGUGGCGAAUAAAAGGAGGCUGACCGAGUUCGAGACUGUGGCACUCACUGAGGAGUGCAGUUCCAGAAUUCAAGGCAAGUUACCUCAGAAAUUGAAGGAUCCAGGUAGUUUCACUAUCCAAAUCACGAUUGGUAAACAUGCUGUUGGGCGAGCUCUAUGUGACCUUGGAGCAAGCAUCAAUUUGAUGCCGCUAUCUAUAUUCAGACAGUUGGGGUUGGGUGAACCACGCCCAACCACAGUUAUCUUACAGUUAGCUGACCGCUCCCUUGCUCAUCUUGAGGGAGUAAUUGAAGAUGUGCUUGUCCAAGUGGGGUCUUUUAUAUUCCCAGCUGAUUUCAUCAUCCUGGAUUACGAGCCUGAUCAGGAAGUCCCAUUUAUUUUCGGGCAUCCAUUCUUAGCCAUGGGCCGAGUUAUUAUUGAUGUUUGUGAAGGAAAGAUGACGAUGAGAGCGGGUGAUCGAGUGGAGGUCUUCAACAUUUAUAGAGCACUCAAGUUACUAGCCCACUAUGAAGAAUUGUCCAUGAUCUCUGUGGUAGAAGGUGAUGCCACGUUGUUAGUACCUUAUAUGAGCCCUGCAGAUCCUGUUGAACGAGUAUUGAUUGGGGACGUAGAAAAUGGUGAAGAUGAUAGGAUGGGAGAAAUUGAGCAAGUGCUGGAUAUGUCAUGCAGUUAUGUACAUGGGAUUAGAAAAUUUGAAGAGUUGGACAGGCCUGUCACUCUGACCCUCCCCAGGCCAUCUAUUGAAGAAGCUCUGAAGCUAGAACUCAAGCCACUUCCAGCGCAUCUGCGCUAUGCUUAUUUGGGGAACUCAGAGACACUGCCCGUGAUUAUUUCAUCCAGCUUGACCAGCACUCAAGAAGAAAAAUUGCUCAGAGUCCUCCGUGAGCAUAAAAGGGCCAUUGGUGGACUAUAG